AUGCACGACUUGCUCACCAUGAAAACCGUUGUCGAACUCGGUAUAUCAGCCGGAAUAUUGGUAGGCUUUAAAGCCUAUUUUCCUGACCAAUUCCCAUUUGUGACGAUAGUAGUAAUAGUGGCAUGGUUCAAGUAUCUAUAUAUCGACCGCGAAACACAAGUCAAAAAACCCGUGUUAAAUCCAAAUGAGUGGAAAAAAUUCCCGCUGAUAGAGAAGCAUAAGAUCAGUCAUAAUGUUGCUUUAUAUCGGUUUGGACUUCCGAAUCAGGAUGAUAUACUUGGACUUCCUGUUGGCCAGCAUAUCUCUGUACAAGCGGAUAUCGGUGGAAAAUUAGUACAACGUAGCUACACGCCAACUAGCAGUGACGAUGAUCGAGGAUUCUUUGAUCUGUUAAUUAAGACAUAUCCAAACGGUCUAGUGUCAAAAUAUAUUGAGCGAUUGGAAAUCAAUCAAACACUUACUGUCAAAGGGCCAAAAGGACAAUUCAAGUAUAGACCGGGACUGGUCAGAGCGUUUGGAAUGAUUGCAGGUGGUACUGGCAUAACACCUAUGCUUCAGAUUAUCCGGGCAAUCCUAAAAAAUCCCGAGGACAAAACCUCAAUCAGUUUGAUCUUUGCCAAUGUGAAUUUUGAUGAUAUUCUAUUAAAAGACGAGUUGGAUCAACUUGCAGAACAUAACGAAAAUUUUAAGGUUUAUUAUGUGUUGAAUAAUCCACCAGAAGGAUGGACCGGUGGCAUCGGAUACGUCUCAGCCGAAAUGAUCAAAAAACAUUGUCCCCCGCCAGCCAAUGAUAUCAAAAUGUUGCUUUGCGGUCCUGGUCCGAUGGUAACAGCAAUGACGAAAAUAACUGAUUCAUUAGGCUAUGAAAAACCACGUGCAUUAUCAAAACUUGAGGAUCAAGUUUUCAAGUUUUGA